GGUGAAGAAUUCAGAGAGUUUCUGCUGACCAAGUUGAUUAAUGCUGAGUUGGCUUGUUACAAGGCAGACCAGUUUGCUAAGCUUGGGCAUCGGACACGCGCAUCCCUUCUGGAAUCACUCUACCAUGACCUGCACAAAAGAAACCUGGAGUUGUUUGGUCUGUCCUCGGUUCCUAGUACAAAGCCAGAAAGCAGAACACUUAUUGACUCCGUGAAAAGAGCAUUCAGUGGAAAAGGCAGAAGCCCCAGUGUGGAUUCCAAUAGUUUGCAGAGUCAGAAGAAGAUGAAUGGAAUUCAAGGUUCCCUGGCAACAGUUGGAGAAGAUGAAAAGGGGACAGCCUCUACGGUUCACAAGUCCCCUUCAACUCCCAGAAACCUUGUUCGGCAAUUUUCUUCAACUUUUGACAAGUCUAUCAAAUCUAACAGAGAUAGCAAAGG